AUGGGUGACACUGAGUUGUGCAACAAGGGUCAUUACAACCGCCAGCCUCCUGGCCUGGCCUGGCCUGGUCCUAUCUGGCCCGGCAAUGGUCAGUCACCUCUAGCGCUGUGGGCAUUAUGGUCACGCUGGCAGAUGGCUCCAGACUCCUCUCUCCGUCUCGCCUCGCCUCAACGGUCAACCCAGAUUUCAAGGUUAUACCAUAGUAGCCAGGCACUGGUUUCUACUAUAGAGGUAGUGGACCGGGAAUGUUGUAUGCUUCAAGUCAGUCAAUCUUUGACGCCUGGUCUCUUGGCUCAUGACCAGUACAGUCGUCUUGUGUUUGAUGUUUGGUUUCGGAAAACACUACACUUCUACCGACAUUACAGGGAACGGCUCAGCAUUCUGUAA